AUGAACACAAAUACUAGUAUUUCGGAAAUGCAUUCUAUACUCGAGAGGACUCUAUCUUUUAGAAAAAGAUUUAAAAAAGGAAAAAACUUAAAUAAAAUAAACAUAGAAUCAGAAUUGAACAAAGACAUUUUGAAUAAUGACUUUAUUGAAAAUAGUAAAGAGAAAAAUGUAAUUUCAAGUUUACUAACUUUCAAAAGCAAAUUAAAAGACUCUGAAAUAAAAAAUAAGCGAUUUAUUGAGACUUCUCAAAAUUUAAUUCAAUCUUUAGCUUUAGAAAGUCCUUCAGAAAAAUAUAAAAAUACGUUAGCGAAUAAUUUCUUUUCAAAAAAUGAAACUUUUUCUCAAAAAAGUGAGUCAUCUAUCAAUUCAUCUGUAUCAAAUUCAAAAAUUGCAGACUACAGUAACGAGAUUUCUGAUAUUGAAACAAUUUCUGAUAUAAAAACUUCUUCUACUCAAUCAAUAGAUCAUAUCUAUGAAAAUGACAAAAAUUCUGCCUGUAAUAUGGAUAUCAAAGAAUCUAAUUCAUUAUCAUCUAUUUCUGAGAAAUCAGGUACAGGUUUUUUUAGUAGUGUUCUAUCUGCAGCACAAAAUGCAGCUAGUUCACUUACUUCUUUAACUACACAUACAUCCUCAGAAGAUAAAACUACAUCUAAAAAACUAAAUGAUGUAAAUAAAAAACCAAGCAGUUCGAAGAAUUUAGCUAAAGAUAAUCAUAAAAAUAUAAAGAAGAUACUCGGUCCUUAUAAAUUUUUGGAAAAAGAAUUUAAAAAAGAAUCAUCUGCUAGUAUUGUUCCAUCUAUAGGUUAUGGCGAACUUUCUUUAAAUGAUGUAAAGAUCCCAGAGAAUAUAUCUAAACCAUAUACGUUUCUGGAUGAAAGGGAUUCUGUGAACGAAUUAUCUUGCAACAAAGAAUUGCAAAAAACUUCGGAUGAUAAACUUGUAAAUUAUAAUUUUGACCAAGAAAAAGGUUGUGCUUUAGUGUCGUCUAACAUUUUAACACAUGAGAAAUUUAAUAUUGCUAAAAAAUCUGAAUACCCAACUGUUUCUUGUAUUAAUCAACAAAAUAAGUAUAAUUGUAUUACUUUUAAAAAUAAUCAACAAAAUACCAUUCAUAUAUUAAUCCAGCAAAUCACAGGUAUUACUAUAGCGAAUAAUAAAAGAAAUAAAGAAUUCCAUACUUUAUUUAGAAGUAUCCCAGAAGACAAUUAUCUUAUUGAUGAUUAUGCAUCCGCACUACAAAAAGAUAUCCUUCUUCAUGGAAGAAUGUAUAUAUCAGAAACUUACAUAUGUUUUAAUUCAAACAUUUUCGGUUGGGUAACAAAUUUAGUCAUUUCUUUUUUAGAGAUUGUUUCUAUUGAUAAAAAAUGUACAGCUGUCGUUUUUCCUAAUGCAAUUCAAAUAACAACAUUGCAUGCAAAAUAUAUAUUUUCAUCUUUUAUUUCAAGAGACACGACAUAUGAUCUUCUUGUUAAUAUUUGGCGCUUGACUAAUCCUUCUACUCGUACUCAUGUAACUGAAACGAGUGCUACAGAUGAUCUAAAUAGUGAAAACUAUGAAAAAAAUUCUAUAACAAAUGAAGAACCAGAUAGCGAAAAUUUCGAGCCCAAAGAUACACAAAAUAAUAAGAAAAAUAAUAUUAAUAAAAAUGUAAUUGAAAAAACAAGCGAUACAUAUGAAAGUUUUUCAAAAAAAAAUUCAUUAAUAAACGUCAUUAAUCCAAAUAUCAAAUUAUUGGAAUCUAAACAUCAACCAACUGAAUGCAGUUGUCUGUUACGUAAUGAACAUUAUGAAAAGCAGAUAUGUGAUGAAAUAAUUAAGGGUCCUUUACCAAGAAUUACAAAUUUAUGCUUUGGCGAAGAACCAGGAUUUAUGAUUGAUUUUUUAGGAAAUGUACAAAAAGUCACUGAAAUAAAAUUAAGUGAUUGGGAAAAGAAUAGUUCAGGGAAAAAGGUGCGCCAUAUUAGUUAUUUAAAACCUUUAUAUGUCCCUGUUGGCCCAAAACAAACUUAUUGUAAAAUUGUAGAAACGGUAGAACAUGAAGAUAAUAACUAUAUGACUAUAUCUUCUGUAACUAAAACACCUGAUGUUCCAUCAGGAAACUCAUUUAUAAUUAAAACAAAAUAUUGUAUGAUGUGGGAUAAAAACAAUUAUACAAGGAUAAUUGCUACUUGUACUACAGAUUGGACUAAAAGUAGUUGGCUAAAAAGUCCAAUUGAGAAGAGUGUAAAUGAAGGUCAAAUAUCAUACAUUAAAGAUCUUAUUGAUGCUAUAACAAAUGCUUUAAAAAAACCUAUAAAUGAGAAAUAUCUUGAAGAAAAAACGACCAAAAAGCCAGAACUAAAUAAAAAUGAAAAUAAUAUAAACAAUAAAAGAGUUCAAAAAAUAUACAACAAAAAAAUUAAUUCAAAUAUAAAAUUAGAAUUAUUUAAAACUUUAAAUUCUAUAUUUAAUACCAGCUCAAAAUUUUCUACAUUCAUAAAAAUCAAUACUAUUACUAUAAUUCUUUUAUUAAUAAUUCUUUUCAAAAUAGUUCAACUAGAAAAAACGAUUCAAAAUAUAUCAUCUCUAACAAAUAUCGAUUACAAAACAUUAAAUCAUCACAGUUCACUAUGGAAACAAAAAGAAAAUUCUCAAAAAUGUUUAGAAUCUAAAAUAAUAUAUAAUAUUCAAAUUCCAAAGUUACAUUCAGAUCUGCUUUUUGAUAACGUAAGGGAAAAAACUUUUGAUAAAAAUAUUAAAAAUGAAAAACUUCAAAAAGAAAUAAGAAAAAUAAAGAAAAUCCUUAAACGAAUUGAGGAAAAUUUUUAA